UGCGUCUAAGCUGAAAUAUUAAAAUUUCCGGAAUGGCAUUGCCGUGAUUUCUGUCUGUAGCCGAUAUCCGUUUCAUCGACCGGCGGCGGACAGCUCAACGGUAUGUUUCGUGCGUGAAACCCACGCUCCUCAACCAUUCGCCACCAUUACUCUCUCCGUACUCCUACUCCUCCACUGUUCCCUCUUCGUUCUCAUCUUCUCUUCAUAAUUCUCCUCCUCGACGGUGAAUAUUUGCUCUCUUGUCGGAGAUUUUUCCCUCUUCGACCGAAUACUUUGCUAGGGUUUUGGCUGAUUGUCUGAGAUAGCGAGAAGUAAUCUUCCGUCGUUGUUGCUCCAUUGUACGUGCAUCGCAUCAAGUAGAAAAUGAAGCUUCAGAAACGAUCUCUCAACGAGAAUGACGUUUCCACUAUCUUACGGAGGUACUCUCCCACAACGGUGCUGGCGUUGUUACAAGAAGUGGCACAAGUACCAGAAGCGAAAAUUGAAUGGAAGGAGUUGGUUAAAAAUACUUCGACCGGGAUUUCUAAUCCUCGGGAGUACCAGAUGCUAUGGCGGCAUUUGGCUUAUCGUCAUGCGUUGCUUGAUAAUUUAGAAGAUGAGAAAGCACCUUUGGAAGAUGACAGUGACUUAGAGUGUGAUUUGGAGCCGUUUCCAUCGGUCAGCUGCGAAACUUUAACGGAGGCUGCGGCGUGUGCGAAAGUAUUUAUCUCUUCUGGUUCUUCCAGUGACUUGAAUGUUCCAAGCAGUAGCACAAUAGAGGCUCCAUUAACUAUUAGCCUACCUAGAAGUUACCGGGACGGAGUUCAGUUUGAAAAUGUAGACCCUGCUUGCUCUAUAAAAGGCGCAAGUAUCACAGUUCCUGUUUCUGUUCAGCGACAGCCAGUCCUUACACCACCAUCUGUUGAAGGAUUGAAUGCAAAUGGAUCAACAUAUGGCAACAAUGCUUCUCGAAGGAAAAGAAAACCUUGGUCGGAGGCAGAAGACCUUGAGUUGAUGGCUGCAGUGAAGAAAUGUGGUGAAGGGAAUUGGGCAAACAUCAUACGGGGAGACUUCUUGAGCGACAGAACUGCUUCACAGCUAUCUCAGAGAUGGGCAAUUAUUAAAAAGAAGCAUGGAAAUUUGACUGUGGGAGCCAACACAGCUGGUACACAUCUAUCUGAGGUGCAGCUGGCGGCGCGUCAUGCAAUGUCCUUAGCACUCGAUAGGCAUGUUGUUGGUAGCUUGAAAGCAGCUCGAAUAAGUGGCUCAGCCAGUACAAAUAAGAUUGGUAAUGGUAGCUCCCUUGCCGUUUCUGCCACAUCGGAACAAGUACAAGAUAAAUUACAGCAAAGCCCUACACAUACAAAACCAUCUCCCAUUGGAUCGUCAAGUCUAACAGCCAAAGCUCAGGUUACCACAUCCAAGAAGAUGAUUCCAAAGUCUUCUUUUGAUUCAGACUGUAUUGUUAGAGCUGCUGCAGUUGCUGCUGGGGCUCGCAUAGCUUCACCAGCGGAUGCUGCAUCUUUACUCAAGGCCGCUCAGUCGAAGAAUGCCAUCCAUAUCACGGCCAAAAUCCCUGCUUCAACCAAAACACCCACUCCUGGCAGGGGGUCGAACCAUUUAGAAGCUCAUCCUAGUAUUAAGACAACCACCCUCUCUAACACUCUUGCGGUCAUGCCAUCUCUGUCUCGUGGUGUCCCUGUGAAGACCACGUCUCUACAAACAGCCACAUUAUCAAGUGUGCCAACAGACCAGAAUAUUGCUGUAGCCUCAGUUACAGCAGCUACUGAUCCAUUGUCAGAAAAGGAGAUCAAGACAGUGGAAGACGUUAGAGGUCGUGGUUUAGGUGGUGUACAGACCACAUUCCAAAAGAAUGAUCAUUGUCUUUCAAGAAAAUCAAUAUCUGAGAGAGUUCUAGAUGAAAAGCCAGCAGACUUAGGACCAGCUUUGAAAAGACAGACAACUGAGACUAGCAAUUGUAGUAGUAGUUCACAAAACACGCCAACAGCUGAUGGCUAUAUUAAAGUUGAAACUUGCAACCAGGUAGAAGAGAGACAAAACAGUAAUACCAGUGCGGUUCCCGUUUCCUCAGAUCAGCAAGAAAUCAUGAAUCAGUCACAGGUUGAGAGAUCUAAACCUCAGGACAUGGACAUUGACAGUGAUGGAAAGGAUACGCCAAUUACGAAAGCAGAUGGAUGUAGCGAAAAUUCAGGGCACAAGGAGGCUGUAAAUGAUAUUUUGGAAGGAAACACAGCGGUUAAGAGCUAAAUUUAUCCUACUCCAGAUGAAGGGAACGAUUUUAUUCAGAUAUCGAGCGCAGGUAUUCUCGAUGCUUUUCCUGUUCAUUAACAAGCAUAGUCGAGUAAUAACUUUCGCUUUGAAUGUGACCGCCUCCCUCUUUGCUUAAAUUGCCUGCUAUUCAUGUGAUAUUUUCAUCUACUUGCUUUAACUUGCAUCCCCCACCGUAAUCACGGAGAAGCAGCAGCCAUUUGACCUGAAGUGAAAGGAAGAACAGCAACAUAUAAUCAGAAACAUCUUCUGUACCUGUAUUUAUUUUGAUUUGUUCUUCAAAUUCCUGUUUCAUUUACGUUUCUGACUUCAAAAUUCUUCUGCCUCCUGACUGAUCCAUGUCAAGGUCUGGACUCAGGGUUCGCUGUUCAUAUACUAACAUGGAAAACUUGGUAUCGUUGCUUUGA